GAACAGGAGCAAACACUUUCUCAGGUGAAGGACUCGCAUGAAUCAGCCAUGAAUGUGAAUGAAGACACUGAUUCCAGGAGGCUUGGAGCCACUAACAAAGUCUGUUUGUAUUUCAUCAUCGCCACCCUGGGUGUGUUGCUUGUCUUUGCCUUGGCCACCAUCAUGAUCCUGGUUGUCCAGAGGACGGAAGCUGAUCCUGCCAUGGAGGGCAUCAAAAACCCCAUCAGGACAGGUAACACCUUUGAAGACUAUUUGAGGAUCCUACAGAGUGUUCCAGCAGCCAAUGGAACUGCUGCCUACAUGAGAGUGUCCAGGACAGUGAACAGCUCCAAGCUGAGCCUGGUGGAGAAGGGGAUCUGUGAGGGCAUCAAGUGCCAGAGCCCAGAGCUGGUGAUCAGGGAACACGGCCUCUACUUGAUCUUCUGCAACUUGAACUUUCACUUUCCCAACUGCUCCAAGAGCCCCAUCGACCUCAAGAUCGAUCUCCUGGUGAACGACAGGGUGGACAGGCAGACGUUGUCCACGUUCUGUGCCUCAGAAACAUGCCAGGACGAGACUUUUAAGACCUUGAUCCAGCUGCACUUGACACACCUGGACAAGGAGGACAAAAUAUCAGUGACACUGAACCAUCCUGAGUUCCUGAAUGACGUUUCUCUUCCCAACGAAAACGUUCUUGGGGUCUUGAAGUACAACGAUGAAAUGUGA